GGGCAGGAGCCCCGGGUGGGGGUUGCGCUCCGCCCCUGCGGGAGGGGCCGGGCUGCUCCGCCCUGGCCGGGUGCGCGGUGCUGGCGGGUCGGGACCAGGAGCAGCAGCAGCAGGAGCGGCAGCGGCAGCACGAUCAGGCUCAGGAUGGGGCUGGAGCUGUACCUGGACCUGCUCUCACAGCCCUGCCGGGCGGUCUACAUCUUCGCCCGCAGCAACAACAUCCCCUUCGAGUUCAAGCAGGUGGAGCUCUUCAAAGGGCAGCAGAGGACGGAGGAGUUCCGGAAGGUGAACAUGCUGAUGAAGGUGCCCGCAUUGAGAGAUGGUUCUUUCACCUUAGCAGAGAGCGUUGCAAUCCUCCUGUACAUGGUCCGGAAAUUCAAGACUCCUGAUCACUGGUACCCAUCUGACCUGCAGAAAAGGGCUAGGGUUGAUGAGUACCUGUCGUGGCAUCACCUCAACAUCCGUGAGAAGGGCAGCAAGCUGUUCUUAACGAAGGUGCUGCUGCCUCUCCUCACAGGCCAGCCACCUCCUCCAGAGAAAGUGGAAGGUGCCAUUGAGGACCUGAAUGUUGUCCUGAAGCAGUUUGAGGAGAAGUUCUUGCAGGACAAGCCCUUCAUCGCAGGCAAUGAGAUCUCGCUGGCGGACCUCGCAGCACUGGUGGAGCUCAUGCAGACUGUAGGUGCUGGCUACGACCCCUUUCAGGAGAGGCCGAAGCUAGCAGCAUGGCACAGGCAGGUGGAAGAGGCGGUGGGGAAGCAGCUCUUCCAGGAAGCACACGAACAGAUCUUGAACAUCAAGAACUUGACCACUGAUAAGAUUGCACCUGAACUGCUGGAGAAUUUCAAGCAGCAGUUCCUAAAGCAGGCAGCCUGAAUUUGGGGUUCACGGUCUAAGUAAAAUGCAUUGUUUUUGUGCAGACUUAUUGUAGUAUUUCAGCAUUUCUUCUAAAAAAUCUUCUAAAAGAUUUCUUCUAAAUCUUUUUUUCUAAAGAAAAGAUUUAGAUUUUCUUCUAAAUCUUCUUCUAAAAUACAGAAACACCAUUCCACAGAAUGCAUUUCACUCACAGCCUUCCUGCAACUUCAAAGGGAAGAAAACUAUAUCUCCGGCUGCAGUGAGCUUUCUCCUCUUGACCGCUACAGGCUUUUCUUUCAUGCUCCAACACCACUGGUUCUGCUUGAGGACAGAGGUGAUUCAGUCUCCUGGGAACUGGGGCCAGUCAGAACUGCUCUUUCCAUUCCUGUUUUGAGUUUUCCAAGCCACAGCACUAUAGAAAGGGCAAAGCUUUCCUGAGGCUAUGGCAGAACAGAUCUGUCUGAAACAAGAAAAAUCAUUGUAGAAAAUGGCUUUCACUUUGCAACACACUCAGCUGUAAGAUUUUUGCUCUUUUAAAGAGGCAGGUCAAGACCCAGCCUUUGAUGGGGACCCUGCCAGGGGUCCUGGAGCCACCAGAGGCUGCUGUGUCACCCAUGGGAGCAAAGGGACACAGUAUCUUGGAGCAGGGGGCUGCGCAGGUACCCAAGUGAGGCCUCCAGCUUCUGGGAAUGAUGGGGUUAGUUCUGUAAAGAUGCUUAACCACAGAUUCUUGCAGUACUUUACAAACAACAGCCUGCACAGCUGAGGGAAGCUGCUUUUCUAGGUGAAGCUGUUGCCAAGCACAGUCCCCCUCUGCAAACCAUACCAAGUGCUCUGUCGUUUCCCCAGAAUAGCUUUGUCACCCCGAUAGAUGCCAUCUAAGCCAGGCUCUCUCCACUGAUGAGUGCUGCCGAGGCUGGGCCAGCACUGGGGGCAGAGGGAGCUGUACUGGCCAGCCCCAGGGUAAGCAGGGUGCCCAGUAUAGGAGCUGAGUUACUCUUCUGUCAAGUCAGAUUCUCCAGUGAAGUUGAUGGUUACACUCGCCACGUGCUAUAGCUGUAUUUGUGAUCAGGAUUGGGAAGAAAGCGUCCACUGAGUCAUCUUCCACACCUGGGCAGCCUCUCGCCUUUGUGUGUCCCUUUGUACCCUCUUGCCUUCCUGUCCUCCUGUCCCUGUGACCUUCCAUUUCCACGUACGAGCCAUGAGGGUUCCAGCUUGCAGAAUUGGGGUUCGUCUUCCUGCUUGUUAAGCUCUGGUUGUACCUGGAAGUCCCUUUGUCUCUGCUGGCUGGUUACACCAUCCACAGAACUAGCUGCAUAGAAUGCUGGGUGUGAGGUGUCAGUCACCUUAAUGCAAGCCUGUGUGGCUGCUUCAGCAACUUUAGGCACAGGCAUUACAAGCUGGGGUUCAUGGUGCCUGUUUAUGUUGUACUGUCAAACACCAUUUCCUCUGUAACUGCAGCUUACCACAGUCACCAUCUGGGCUGCUGCACCACUGGAAUAACAGUGGUCUUCCCUCUCUGCCUCAGCCAAGCUGCCCAGCCCUGCUGCACUCUCCUGUUGGCAUGUUUGUGCUUUGCUUAACCAGAUUCCUGACCUCCAGCUUUUCCCAUUCUUGUUGAGAGCAAACCUCCUGCCAGCAGAAUGGACACCUCGCACAGCUGUGCAAGUAGAAGCAGAGAAAUAAUCUGAGCCUAAUGCACAGAGUGCUAAUCUUGACAAACCUCAAACUGGGCUUGGUAUCAGAGCCUUUCUUGAUACACAUCUCCCUCCAGAAUCUUGAUAGAGCUGCUGUGCAUGCAAAAGCACUGCAUGAGCCAAAGCACAUAAAAUGCUUUCUUUCUUCUCUAUGAUACUUGUAGUACAAGAGCUCCAUGGAAGAGGGUGUUGAGCCAAUUUUCUGUUUAAUUAAUAAGGCAAAAGUUCUUUAAACAAGAACUUGUGCUCUUGCAAGGACAGCUGCCAUCAAAACCAAGCUGGAACUACAUUCUGAACUCAUUGUCUGGUGCUCCUCCGCUGCCAGUGUCCCAAAGGAUAAACACACCUCGCUCCAGCGUGGUCAUGGUGACAGGAGGAGAUUUUAAACCGUUUUUCCCGUAGUGUUCCCUGUCUGCUCCAAGCCCACCUGAGCUGUAGGUUCACUCUCCCGAUGAAGCUGUGUGCAGUGACUGGUGGCAUUUUGGGCCCUUCUGUGCACACAGGACAAAGCAGAUUAACUUCGUGGAUGACAAUAGAAUUGUACACAAAUCUGCCUUUCUGGCUUUUUAACUCUAAAUCAUGAAGCUAAAGCGUCUUGUACUUUGCCUUUUGCCAUCCCUCCACCUUCCCCGUUUUGCUCAUUUGUGUCAUUUGAUCUUGGCUGGUUCCAGCUCCUAUAGACUGGAAGCCCCAAGAGCUCCCUGCCAAAACCCAAUGAGCUGUGCAAGAGUUUUGCCUUGCCUCGCUGCAAUAUCUGUUUGGUGUCCACUCCCUUUCACUUGAAUAUGGAGAGUCACCAGUUUAAUGUGCUGUUCUGAUUCAAUUUCUUCAAUUCUUGCCCAGAGCUCUUUGGAAGUAGGUGAGGGCCUGUGCUUUCUAGAAUAAAAUGAAGCUGGGAUACACAAAAUGGGAGGAAUGCUUAAAAAAACAGAUAUAAAGUCUGUGACCUUUUCUAAAUGAUUAAAAUAAACUGCAAAACCUACUGU